AAAUGGAGGAAAAGAGUCAAGUUGUGGAACGAGAGGCUAAGAAGGAUGAAAUUCAUGAAAAAGAUGGAAAAUCUGCAAGUUCAAAAAAGAGACAUCGCAAAAAGAAGAACAAGAUGGCGCAUACCACUGGUGAAAAUCACAACCACGUUGGUCACAGAGACGAACAUGAAAUGCAUAGCACGUGUAAUAUUUCAAUAAAAGAUAUACAAAUGGCGAUGGAAGUUUUUAACAUACAACAAAAACCGGCCAAAACUCAAGAAGAGGCUAUGCAAAAGCCUUAUCAAUUUUGGAGUACACAGCCAGUACCAAAAAUGGAUGAAAAAAUAAUUAAAAAUGAACCUAUUGAAUCCGACAAAACAUCUAUCAGGGCAGAACCUUACUCAUUACCAGCAGAUUUUCAAUGGGAUACGUUAAAUCUUGAUGAUCCAUUAGUUCUAUGUGAAUUGUAUACUUUAUUAUCUGAAAAUUAUGUGGAAGAUGAUGAUGCUAUGUUUAGAUUUGAUUAUCCUCCAAAUUUUUUAAAAUGGGCAUUGCAAUCUCCUGGAUGGUGCAAAGAAUGGCAUUGUGGUGUACGGGUGACUAAAACUAGACGUUUAGUUGGUUUCAUUUCUGCUAUUCCAGCUACUCUGCGUGUUUAUAAUCACACUCAGAAGAUGGUGGAAAUAAAUUUCUUGUGCGUACACAAAAAACUGAGGUCAAAACGAGUUGCGCCCGUAUUAAUACGUGAAAUAACUAGGAGAGUUAACCUUCAAGGUAUAUUUCAGGCUGUGUAUACUGCUGGUGUUGUACUGCCAAAACCAAUAGCUACUUGUAGGUAUUGGCAUCGUUCUCUCAAUCCAAAGAAAUUAAUCGAAGUAAAGUUUUCGCACUUAUCUCGCAAUAUGACUAUGCAGAGAACUUUAAAAUUAUUCAAACUGCCAGAAAAUACAAAAGUACCAGGAUUUAGAAAAUUGGUUGAAGCAGAUAUACCUCAAGCUCAUAAAAUAUUAACCGAAUAUUUGGAAAAAUUCGAUUUGGCCCCAAUCUUCUCGAUCGAGGAGUUUCGGCAUUGGUUCCUUCCGCAAUACGGAAUUAUUAAUAGUUUUGUAGUAGAAAAUGAGGGUAAAAUCACCGAUAUGGUUAGUUAUUAUACGUUACCGAGCUCCAUAAUGCAUCAUCAAACACACAAGACGCUUAGGGCUGCGUAUAGUUUUUACAAUGUAUCCACGGCGACUCCUUGGAUCGAUCUUAUGACGGAUGCAUUGAUAUCGGCUCGUAAUCUCGAUUUUGAUGUGUUUAACGCAUUAGAUUUAAUGGACAACAAAGAAUUUUUAGAACCGUUAAAGUUUGGUAUAGGCGAUGGAAAUUUACAAUAUUAUUUAUAUAAUUGGCGUUGUCCUAGUAUGACACCUGGAAAAAUUGGUUUGGUGCUUCAAUAAAAUUCUAGCUCAGCUAGCUAAGUUUGUUGUGUAGAAAACAAAUUUUCGCACGUGCAAGCUUAAAAAAAAAAAAAAAAUGGAAGUGGUAAAAUAUGAAAACGGACAUUAUAAGAAUAAUAAUAAUAAUAGGAGGGACAGAUAUAUAAUUUUGACUUCUACUGAGCGAACAUCCAAAGCACAUGAAUGAAAUCGAAAGGAAUCGAUGUUUCCUUAGUGAGUUAAGUAGGAUGUUCCAUUCUAUUCGCCGGUUUCGCGGAUAUUACCUUUGGAGAGCUUCCGCCUCCAUUUUUGAUCAUGACAUUAGUUCAGGGUCGAAGUAUGCAUAUACAACGUGUGUAUAUACGUAUCUGCGUGGCUCGAGCAAUGUAGAUAAUUAUUAUAUGCUCUAGUAAUUUACAAGAACCAUGCGGAGGAAGUUUCCUUCUUACAGGUAUCAUCGACCGCAAAGUUACUUGAAAAUUCUCGAAAGCUCCUUGAGCGUUAUUUAACAUGAAAUUCCACGUUUCCCUCAGCGUCUGUUUGAUUAAAUAGAUCGCAAAAAUAUGCCGAAGUGAAAGUGGAAGAAAAAUUUAAAUAAAAGAAGAUCGAAAGUAAA